UGGAAAUGUCUACUUAAAAAAUAUAAUAAUGAUAAUGUGGUUAAUUAUUUGCAAUGGCUCUAUGCUAAUAAAGAAUCAUGGGCAAAGACGUUUGUGCUUAAAUUAUUUAUAGUAAGAAUAUCGUCUACUUCUUGGAUUGAAAGCUAUAAUGCAAAGGUUAAUAGAUUGAUAUUUAAUUCCAACACAACUAUAUUAGAACUUUCAGAAAAGUUAAUGACAUGUAUUUUUGAAAAAGACAAAAAAACUAAAUACACUUUAUUUCAUGCUUUAGUCCCUAAAGCAGUUCUUACUGCAAUAGCUAAUACUAUUCUUCCAAAUAUUUGCCAAAUAAUAUUCAAGUAUUUAACU